CUCCUCUCCGACGGCCUCCCUCACCGUGCGCAUGCUCUGCCGCUGCCCUGCAGAAAUGCUUCAAUUGCCCGCAGUCCUUCGCCAAAUUAGGCCUGUGUCCAGAGCACUGGCUCCUCAUCUCACUCAGGCCUAUGCCAAAGAUGUAAAAUUUGGUGCAGAUGCCCGAGCCUUAAUGCUUUAAGGUGUAGACCUUUUAGCUGAUGCUGUAGCCGUUACAAUGGGGCCAAAGGGAAGAACAGUAAUUAUUGAACAGAGUUGGGGAAGUCCCAAAGUGACAAAGGAUGGUGUGACCAUAGCAAAGUCAAAUGACUUAAAAGAUAAAUACAAAAAUAUUGGCACUAAACUUGUUCAAGAUGUCACCAACAACACAAAUGAAGAGGUUGGGGACAGCACCACUACUGCUACUGUCUUGGCAUGCUCUAUUGCCAAGGAAGGCUUCGAGAAGAUUAGCAAAGGUGCUAAUCCUGUGGAAAUCAGAAGAGGUGUGAUGUUAGCUGUUGAUGCCAUAAUUGCUAAACUUAAGAAGCAGUCUGAACCCAUGACAACCCCUGAAGAAAUUGCUCAGGUUGCUACCAUUUCUGCAAAUGGAGACAAAGAAAUUGGCAACAUUGUUUCUGAUGCAAUGAAAAAGGUUGGAAGAAAGGGUGUCAUCACAGUAAAGGAUGGAAAAACACUAAAUGAUGAAUUAGAAAUUAUUGAAGGCAUGAAGUUUGAUCGAGGUUACAUUUCUCCAUACUUUAUUAAUACCUCAAAAGGUCAGAAAUGUGAAUUCCAGGAUGCCUAUGUUCUAUUGAGUGAAAAGAAAACUUCUAGUGUCCAGUCCAUUGUACCUGCUCUUGAAAUUGCCAAUGCUCACCAUAAGCCCUUGGUCAUAAUUGCUGAAGAUGUUGAUGGAGAAGCUCUGAAUACACUCGUUUUGAAUAGGCUAAAAUUUGGUCUUCAGGUUGUGGCAGUCAAAGCUCCAGGUUUUGGUGACAAUAGAAAGAACCAGCUUAAAGACAUGGCUAUUGCUACUGGUGGUGCAGUUUUUGGGGAAGAAGGAUUGACUCUAAAUCUUGAAGAUGUUCAGCCUCAUGACUUAGGAAAAGUUGGAGAGGUCAUUGUGACCAAAGAUGAUGCCAUGCUUUUAAAAGGAAAAGGUGACAAGGCUCAAAUUGAAAAAUGUAUUCAAGAAAUCAUUGAGCAGUUAGAUAUUACAACUAGUGAAUAUGAAAAGGAAAAGCUGAAUGAACGUUUGGCAAAACUCUCAGAUGGCGUAGCUGUGUUGAAGGUUGGUGGGACAAGUGAUGUUGAAGUGAAUGAAAAGAAAGUUACAGAUGCGCUCAAUGCUACACGAGCUGCUGUUGAAGAAGGCAUUGUUCUGGGAGGGGGUUGUGCCCUGCUUCGGUGCAUUCCAGCCUUGGAUUCAUUAACUCCAACUAACGAAGAUCAAAAAAUUGGUAUAGAAAUUAUUAAGAGAACACUCAAAAUUCCUGCAAUGACCAUUGCUAAGAAUGCAGGUGUGGAAGGAUCGUUGAUAGUUGAGAAAAUUAUGCAGAGUUCCCCAGAAGUUGGUUAUGAUGCUAUGCUUGGAGAUUUUGUGAAUAUGGUGGAAAAAGGAGUCAUUGAUCCAACGAAGUUUGUAAGAACUGCUUUAUUGGAUGCUGCUGGAGUGGACUCUUUGUUAACUAUGGCAGAAGUUGUAGUCACUGAAAUUCUUAAAGAAGAGAAGGAACCAGCAAUGGGUGGAAUGGGUAGAAUGGGAGGGGGUAUGGGAGGUGGCAUGUUCUGAUUCCUAGAAUAGUGC